GAGGUCUAGCCGACGAGGUCCGCGCCCACUAAUUUUGAGCAUUUGCGCAAGGGGGUAUUUCCACUGAGCCGAUUUUAGGUCGGAGCUGUUUCGCUAAAUUGAGUGCGCAUUAGAUAAAUCUGAAUACAAUAUACUCGUUCUCAAACGGGGAAGCAAUAAAUCGGAGAUCGCAGUUUAACACCUGCAGGGGUCCAGGUACCAAGGCUCAGCGCCGAGCGCCAAGCACCCACGUUGCAAUCGUUUAGAGCUUAUCACGAGCAAGCUAAAUCGGCUUCUAAUUACACAAAUUGCUGAGAUUUGAGGUAGUCGCUCGUUAAGUUGGCUGCUAAAUCGGCCAGUGGAAAUACCCUCUUUGCGCAUGGCACGCGCAGGCGCAUCGUGCAAGCUAGCUCUACUAUUGACAGCUAUUUAUCUGGCAUCGCACGCCGAUGCGGCACGACACUCUACUAAAAUACGCAGGUCUCCGCGACUGCCCCCAAGACACGUCCCAAGCCCCCCGGUCCUGACAGAGGCAGUCAUCACCGUGGUAGUCAAUAUGACAGGCCAGCUGGCCCAGUCUGUCAGCCACUCCUAUGCGGAUACAUCUACCAGCGAGGAGAGUGCCUGGAAUAUUGUGACCAACCAGGAGCUGGUAAACCGCCUGGUGCCGGUGGCGCCCCAGUCGAUUGACGAGGCGGCUAUCAACAUGCGGAUUGACCUGCGCUCCGAGCACACGAUGAUUACAGGCGAUCAGGUCGACGCGACCCUGGCCCUGGAUGUGCCUACGAGUCUGGCCGAGCAGCUCGGAUUGGACAUCGGCUCUGGUGGCGGGCCCGUGGACGCUGACACCUCCAACAGCACCGCCAGCAGCAGCGGUGACGGCGGCAGCCGACGCGUUCGCCGCCGCCUGACGGCCGAGCAGUACCGCGCGCGCCGCAUGAUCCUGGAUUUUCAUGGCACGCGCCGCACGCUGACUGAGUUCAACGACUUGACGUCCGUGCUGAGCCAGCUGGGCGUUCAGAACCAGGUGCCCAAGGCGGUGGUCACGGGCAAGGCAAAGAAGAACGGCGGCGCCAAGGACCUCAUGGUCGUUGGCGGCAAGCCACUCAACAUCUCCUCCAUCACGUUCUUCUUCACCUCUUCCGCCUGCGGCAUCAACCCCGUGCUUACCGAGGCGCAGAUCAAGGCGCGGUGGUACGACAAUGGCGACAGCGCACCCGUCACUGCCACGCUGCAGCGCGCCUACCGCACAUGCUCUUAUAAUAAGCUGAGCUUCUAUCCGGAGAACAACCUGGUGUUUGGCCCCGUCGACGUGCCGUGCAUCGGCACCGCACCAACCAAAGGUCCCUACAACCUGAGGACCGGCCUUGGCAACAACAAAAACCUGGAUGCGGAGAUGUACGGUCUGUACGACCUGGCCAAGGACUGGCUGAGGCGGAACGGCCGUACGGACGUGAUCGCGCGUCUGCAGUACCUCCGCCGCAAGGUCCUGGUGUGGCCCUGGAACAACCUAGCGCAGCUAGCCAAGAACGGCACCAAGGAGUUGGUCGGGUGGCCGGGCAUGGGCAGCAUGGGCUGCCCCGGCAACCCCGACCCCAGCGGCAUCGUGCCCGACUGCCUGACCUGGAUGAACAACGACCUGACAACCACCAACCUGGACCUGCAAGUGCUGUUCCAGGAGUUGGGGCACAACAUCGGCCUGGCGCACGCCGCGCGCCGGGAGUGCGACGCCGUCGGCUGCGUGGUCAAUGAGUACGGAGACAGUUCGGAUCCAAUGGGCAGCGCCGGCCCCGUGAGCUUUGAGAAGAGCUUCACGUGCUUCUCGGCGCCCCAGGCGUACAAGGCGGGCUGGUCCAGUCCGAUUGCCAACCUGAACAAGGACACCGUCACUGCCGGUUCCGGUUGGACCGACUACACGGUGCCCUCGAUGCACUCGACCGACGCCAACUUCCUGCGGGUGGCCAUCGACCAGACCGGCAUCAACAGCGCAGACCGCCUCAAGCCGGAGCGCGCGCUGUUCGUGGCGUACCGCGUGGCCCAGCCCCUGGGCGGAUACGACUCGGGCCUGCCCAAGGAGCUGAACGCACGCGUAUGGAUCCACGAGUAUAACGAAACGGCCAACGGCUGGAGCGCCGACAUCCGCAAGCCAACGGUGCUGCUCACCAUGCUAGACCUGCCCGCCGCGGACCCGAAAACCAAGAAGAUUGGGCCCACAGUCGUGCCCGGCUGGGGCCCGAUCCUGACCAAGGCGGUCUUUCCCAACGCGUUCGGCCGGGGCGACAGCUUGACCGUGUGGAUCAAGGCCAAGACCAACACCAGCGCGACGGUCGGCCUGUGCCGCGCCACGGACGUUGCCGAGACGCCGGAGACUUGCUACGAUGGACUUGACAACGAUUGCGAUGGCCUGCCCGAUGACCUCGACCCUGACUGUGGUGGCGAGGACCCCAACGCCCAGUCCCCGCCGCCGCCCCCGCUGGGGGUCCUGCGCAAGGCGCCACCGCCCCCGUCUCCCGUCAAGCGGCCCCCUCCCUCGCCACCACCACCAACCCCCGCCAAGGUCCUAUCCCCUAAGAAGGGGGCGGGCCGCCGGCUGGCUUAGAUUUGAUGGAAAGUACCGUGUCAUGUACGCUCACCAGCGGCAAUAGCAGCAGCAGGAUUUUAACCCAUACCGUGCAUUAACUGCAAGGGUGUGCUAUUAGCGCAUUGAGCGGACGUGGCAGCAACGUGGCCAACAAUAGCAAGUUUAUCGAAGCGUAGGGAGAUUUGUCCCUGAUGAUGACCCAUUCAUGCUAGGAUAGGCGAGAGCAGAAAAGCAGGGGGAGUGCGGCAGUGCGGCGCGGUCUACUCGGGUGUGCUAGCUAGCACGCUUGCCAGCACUGCUAUCGCGUGCACGAUUCAUCAUCGCAGGGUGGCCGCACAGCUGACUACAGUUGCGUACCGGUAUUUCGAUUUUUGAGGGCUAUUUGCUAGUUAAUUUAUGCUGACGUGCGUUCGACGGGGGAGUGAGCACUGGCACGGAAGUUUUUUCUGGGAGCUUAGUGAGUAGGCCUUGGGUUUGACUAGGAGCUGCUGAUUGUCACGACAGGGAGGACUGUGGCACGGUGAUGUGGACUGUGGUGCCCCCCUGGUUGUGAGCCUCACCAUGGCAUGCCAUAGGACUCGGAGACUCGGUUUGGUGGCUCAUGUGCCGGCACGCUGCAUUCAACGGUAUGCAUGGAUGCACUAACCAGUAUUCAUUUGUUUGUUCAUUCAUCAAGGGAGUU